CUUGAGAUCCUAUUGUGGUCAUUCACCUCUGCCCAGCAACUCCUAUCCCAACCUCCACGUGGUGCCGACCGGGAUACGAGUAACCUUAGCGGAGAUCGGGUAACCAACCCCGGUGGAAACUUUGGUCGUAUGCUGACUGGGAAGGGGGAACGCACGCGGAUGUUUCCCCAUGUUAGGGUCGGCGUACAACAGCGUCUCAUCCGGAGCGGGCGGCUGAAUCAUGAAAUGCGGUGUCUCGCCAGCUAUAUCGAAGACGGCAGCCCCGUCGCGAGACUAGGUAUCGCAGCCGGAAUAAUCGGCAUAGACCUAGGCGAACGAAAAGGACAACGAUUAUUGGAAACUCGGUACUUGGAAUGUAAGGACUCUACUCGAACCGGCACGCGCAAGUAUCCUGGCUAGAGAGCUGCGGAAAGUGAAUGUGGAGGUUGCAGCUAUCCAAGAGGUGCGGUGGCCGAAAUCGGGAGAACGCGAAUUCCGAGCAGUAGAUCCUAUUGCGGACACUUUAUUUAAGUACCACAUCUACUAUAGCGGCGGCGUGAAAGCAGAAAGAGGAGUCGGUUUCGUGCUAAUUGGAAAACAGAUGAAGCGUGUCAUUAGAUGGAGGCCCAUCAGUGACCGUAUAUGCGUGUUGAGAAUUAAGGGCAAAUUCUUUAACUACAGCCUAAUAAAUGUGAACGCACCGACCAACGAGAAACCCGAUGACGAAAAGGAGGAGUUCUAUGAGCUCCUGGAAAAGACAUACAAUGAGUGCCCAGGACACGAUAUAAAGAUUGUCAUCGGAGAUGCAAAUGCACAGGUCGGGCAGGAAGACUUCUUCCGCCCCGUAACUGGUAGGGAAAGCUUCCACUCUACUACGAACGACAAUGGCCUGAGGCUUGUUAAUUUCGCUGCAGUUAGGGGGAUGGCUAUCUGUAGCACCACGUUCUGAUCGAUGGACGGCACUUUUCAGACGUUACAGAUGUGAGGUCGUUCAGAGGACCGAACGUUGACUCGGAUCACUAUAUCGUAGUAGCCAAAAUCCGCGCCCGGCUGUCCAACGUGCUGAAAUCCAAGGCAACGAGGAGGAUGCAGUUGAACAUCCAGCGGCUAUCACUUGAAGGAGUGGCUGCAGAGUACUCGCAGAAGGUUGAUGAACGGAUUGAGGAAAAGUUGAAGGGAACCUGAAUGAACAGUGGAGGCACAAGUGUUGGGUACAACUGCGGCAGCUGCGCCCAAUGAGUGGUUUGACGCUGAGUGCCAGCGAGUGACGGAGGAGAAGAACCGCGCCAGGGGUCACAUGUUGGCCACGGCUGUGACUCGUCAGAGCAUGGGUAGAUAUCGUGAUGCAAGAGCCGCUGAAAAGAGACUCCAUCGCCGGAAGAAACGACAGCAUUGGGAGCGUAUUCUUGCGGAGGCGGAAGGUUGCUUCUCCAGGCACGAUGCGAGGAGCUUCUACAAGAAGGUCAACGGAAUCAGGAAUCGAAACGUGUCAGCCCCUGUCAUGUGCAACGAUAGGGAGGGGAACCUGAUAACCGAUAAAACAGAGGUGGCCAGGCGUUGGAAGGAACACUUCAGUGUGCUGUUGAACGGUGAGGGAAACAGUGGAGUCAAAAGGAGCAGGAUGGCUAUUGAGAAUGAUGGUCAAGCUGUGGAGCCACCAUCCAUAGACGAGGUGAAGAAAGCAGUGAAAGAGCUGAGAAACUGCAAGGCAGCCGGGAAGGACGGCAUUCCCGCCGAACUCUUCAAAGUCGGGAGCGAACAGCUGUAUCGUGCCAUCCAUCGGAUCAUGCUGAGAGUGUGGUCUGAUGAAGAAUUGCCCUCGGACUGGUUGGAGGGUCUCAUAUGCCCGAUCUACAAAAAAGGCCAUUGCCUGGACUGUAGCAAUUACCGGGGCAUAACUCUUCUCAAUACCAUGUACAAAAUUCUCUCCCGCAUCCUGUUCCACAGAUUGAGGCCGUUGCAGGAGACCUUUGUUGGCGAGUACCAAUGCGGUUUUCGAGGGGGACGCUCCACGACGGACCAAAUGUUUACCUUGCGACAAAUCCUCGAUAAAUUUCUAGAAUACAAUUUGCAGACGCACCAUCUGUUCAUAGACUUUAGGGCAGCGUACGAUUCAGUCAAGAGAAAUGAGUUAUGGCAGAUUAUGAUUGAACAUGACUUCCCAACAAAGCUGAUUAGGCUGAUACGUGCCACCCUUGAAGGUUCUACAUCAAGCGUCAGGAUAGCGUCAGGAUAGAUAUCGGACUCGUUCGUGAUGUUAGAUGGUUUGAAGCAGGGUGGGCUGUCGAACUUAUUGUUCAACAUCGCAUUGGAAGGUGCUAUACGGAGGGCUGGUGUGCAGAGAAGCGGCACCAUCAUUACGAAGUCGCACAUGCUUCUCGGUUUUGCGGACGAUAUCGACAUCAUUGGUAUCAACCGUAGAGCUGUGGAAGAGGCCUUCGGACCUCUCAGGAGGGAAGCUGCGAGAUUAGGGCUUGUCAUAAACGCUGCCAAAACGAAAUACAUGGUGGCUGGCAGAGUGCGUGGUAGUCCGUCGGAGGUUGAUGCUGCGGUGGUGCUAGAUGGGGAAACAUUUGAAGUAGUCGACGAAUUUAUUUACCUGGGAACAUUAGUGACAUGUGACAACGAGGUUAGCCGUGAGAUUAAGAGGCGUAUAGCAGCCGCAAACAGGGCCUUUUACGGACUACGUAACCAGCUAAAGUCCCGCAGUCUGCAAAUCCGUACCAAACUUGCACUCUAUAAAACACUGAUUCUUCCGGUGGCUCUCUACGGCCAUGAACCAUUGACGCUGAAAGAGGCUGAUCGGCGAGCUCUUGGUGUUUUUGAGCGUAGGAUUUUGCCUUCAAUCCUUGGCGGUAAACUAGAAAAUGGUGUUUGGCGCAGACGCAUGAACCAUGAAGUGUACCAGGCAUACAAAUCGGCGGAUAUAGUCAAGCGGAUAAAACACGGCAGGCUUUAGUGGGCUGGGCAUGUAGCGAGAAUGCCGGAUGAGCGUCAAGCGAAGGCUAUAUUUAGCAGGAAUCCCGAUAGAGGUCGUCGACUUCGGGGUAGACCCCGCACUCGUUGGAUGUGUGCUGUCGACGAGGAUGCACGCGAAAUAGGUGUUAGGGGCGAUUGGAGGAUAGCAGCCCAAGACCGAGGGACUUGGCGACGUAUUCUGGAUUCGGCACUGGAUCGAUAAUCGGUCUGUCGCCCUCAAAGUAAAGUAAAGUAAAGUAAAGUAAAUUUUGCACUGCUGAUCAUUUAAAAACUCAGACGUCUUCGAUGUUUAAAUCAGCAAGCAAGUUAGGGUGC